UUGUCACUUACUAGUGUCAAUAACACGCGUAUCAGUGGAUGGUUAUUUACGAAAAGUAUUUAACCAUUUAUUUAUCAUUUAAAAUUGUUUGUUGGUUCGUUAAUAAAAAUAUGAAAGAGUCUCCUCGACGUUAACGAUGACAGAAGAAAAAUCAAGCAGUCAAAUAUUCGCCGGUGCAAGAGUUUUAGGUUAUGUUAGCACACAUGUUCCAUUUGUUGCUAGAUUUAUAAAAAGAAGAGGAGAAACAUUGUUAUGUACAAGUGUUGGGAGGUGGUUUCAUACUUAUGGAUGUAACAAAUUUCGUUUGCUAAGUGUUAGUGGUGAACAUCCAGGACCUAUAACAUGUAUGAGUGGUGAUGGUUUUCAUGUGUAUACAGCCAGCGGAAAUAACAUUUAUGCAUGGCGACGAGGCUGUGAACUCAAGCAUGUUUACAAAGGCCAUAACGCUGAUAUUCACUUGUUGUUACCAUUCGGUGUUCACUUGAUUUCAAUAGACAGAGAAAAUGUUUUAAAACUAUUUGACAUAAAAGAUGAAACUGAGUUCUUAGAAUUGAAGUUCGGUGAGAAUUUUUCAGUGACAACAAUUUGUCAUCCUCCUACCUAUCUCAACAAGAUCUUGCUUGGAAGCAAGCAAGGCGAGCUACAGCUGUGGAAUAUACGAACAUCAAAAUUAAUUCACACAUUCAAUAAAUGGAAAUCUGCAGUUGUGGUUAUUGAACCAGCGCCAGCAGUUGAUGUUGUUGCUAUUGCAUUAAAUAAUGGAAAGAUAUAUUUACACAACUUGAGAUAUGAUGAAACAGUAAUGGAAUUUCAACAUGAUUGGGGAAAAGUUAGUUCUCUAUCAUUUAGAAUGGAUGGCGUACCAAUGAUGGUCACAGGCAGUAAAUAUGGUCACAUUGUGAUGUGGGAUUUAGAAGAGAAGACAGUUGUAUCUCAAAUAAAAUCAGCUCAUUCAGGAAAAAUAGCAGGACUACAAUGUUUAAUGUCUGAACCAUUAAUGAUUACAAACUCAGAAGAUAACUCAUUGAAAAUGUGGAUUUUUGAUAUGCCUGAUGGAGGAGCAAGGCUUUUGAAGAAAAGAGAAGGUCAUGCAAAGCCUCCCCAUUUAGUGAGAUAUUGUGAGCCCUCUGGAGAGAAUCUUUUGGCAGCAGGAGAAGACAGUUCUCUACACAUUAUGAAUACUGUUACAGAAACAUUCAACAAAAACUUGGGAAAAGCAUCAUACAAUAGAAAUAGCUCUAAGAGGAAAAAGAGAUUAGAAGUGGACACUAAAAUACUAGCACCAAUAUCAAAUCUUAGUUCGUGUAUGCAGCGAGAUAAACAAUGGGACAGUAUUGCUUCACUGCACAGACACAUGCGGCUGGUAACAACAUGGUCCUAUAAUAAGAUGCGUCAAGGGAAGCACAAACUGUUACCACCAGAGUUAGUAAAAGGUGUGCAAGCAACAUCUCUUACAGUCACACAUUGUGGAAAUUUUGUAAUCAUUGGUUACAGCAAUGGAGAGGUACACAAAUUUAACAUGCAGUCUGGUAUUUAUAGGGGCCAUUAUGGUAAUGAGAAAAAAAUUGCACAUAAAGGAGGAGUUAGAGGAGUAGAAACUGACAUUUGCAAUCAGAGAGUCAUAACAGUGGGCGCUGAUGAUAAACUUAAGUUUUGGUAUUUUAAAUCAACGACAACACCAUACCAUGUGUUAAUGUUAGAAGAUUCGGUCUCACACACCAAGUGUCACAGAGAAAGUGGAUUGCUAGCAUUGGCAAAUGAAGACUUCAGUAUAACUGUGGUUGAUAUAGAUACCAUGAGCAUUGUUAGGAAGUUUGAGGGACAUAUUGCUAAAAUUAACGAUAUUGACUUUGAUUCUCAGAGCAGAUGGCUUGUGAGUGCUUCAAUGGACUCGACUGUAUGUACUUGGGAUAUACCUAGCGGAAAAUUAGUUGAUAUAUUUUCGGUUGAAGAGCCGUGUACUUCAUUAAGUAUGUCGCCUACGGGCGACUUCUUGGCGACAACUCAUGUAGGCGAAUUGGGAAUUUUUCUUUGGGCUAACAAACAUUUGUAUGAAAGAAUUUUCUUAAAGCCUAUAGAGAGAACAGAGGCAAAUAUUCCGAAAUUGAAAUUACCAACGACAGCACCUGAGAAACCAAGCAUAGAGGAUAUUGGAACAAUUGACUUGGGAGAAGUUGAAUAUAAAUCACCAGAACAAAUAAGCAGUGAGCUGCUUACCCUUUCGGGAGAGUCUACUUCAAGGUGGCUUAAUUUAUUAAAUCUAGACAUUGUUAAAAAGAGAAAUGCACCAAAAACACCACUAGCGGUUCCUAAAUCUGCUCCAUUCUUCUUACCGACUAUACCAAGUCUUGGCUUAGAGUUUGAUCUUGAAAAGGACAAAAACUCAAACAAGAAGUUUCUUAUACCAGAUUCAUUGUCAACAUUAACACCAUUCGCAAAGAAACUAAACGGAUGUGAAAGUGAAAAUGAUUAUGAAGUGUGCAUUAUGAAGCUAAAAGAAAUGUCCCCCGCGGCCAUAGAGGCAGAAGUAUCAAGCCUGUCUCCAGAAGUUGGUGGUUCAAUAGAUGUCAUGAAACAAUUUCUCAGUAUGAUUGAUAUAAUUUUGAAAAGUAAUAAGGAUUUCGAGCUGGGUCAAGCGUAUUUGGGACUGUUUUUGAAGACGCAUACGAAAAUUGUGUCUCAGAACAAGGAACUAUUAAGAGAGUUGCAUUCAGUGGAGGAAUCGUCGGCAGCGGCGUGGUCAAGGUUGCAAAAUAGUUUGCUGUAUAAUAUAUGUGUUGUUAAGGCAUUAAAAGAAAUGAAUUGAAUUUCAAAUUGAAGU